AUGAAGAAACACCAACAUUUCUAUCCUGACACGAGGAAUUAUCGUCCUUUCUUGGCCGAGAAGCCAUGGUUCUUCGUUGCCCUCAUUGUUGCCACGUUCAUUGUCGCACUACUAAUAGCUGGAAGCUUUAAGCAACCAUUUCUCUGCUCCAUAACCAAUGCAGCACGGGAGGUGGGAGGCUAUUCUGCAACGCCGACGCAGCUCCUUGCCAUCCUCCACUACGCCACAACGCGGGUGGUUCCGCAGCAGUCACACGCAGAGAUUAGUAUUUCCUUCAAUGUUCUUCGAUCCCUAGGCCCAUGCAAUUUCCUCGUAUUUGGCCUAGGCCAUGACUCUCUCAUGUGGACUUCCUUAAAUCCUCAUGGCAACACCUUGUUCCUCGAAGAAGAUCCUAAGUGGGUCCACUCUGUUCUUCAGCGCUCUCCAAACUUACGCGCCCAUGUAGUCAAGUACCCCACGCGCCUCUCCCAGGCGGACAAGCUUCUCUCCACUUACAAGCAAGAACAGGACUGCAUGCCUCCUAACGUGCGGCUUAAAGGUAACAGAAAUUGCAAGUUAGCCCUCAGCGAGUUACCAGACGAGGUUUACAACAAAGAGUGGGAUAUUAUAAUGAUAGACGCACCGCGGGGGUACUUUGCGGAGGCGCCGGGGAGGAUGGGGGCAAUUUAUACGGCGGCAGUGAUGUCACGAGCCAGGUCGCGGCCUGGCGUGACUCAUGUUUUCUUGCAUGAUGUGGAUAGAAAGGUUGAGAAGACUUAUGCUAUGGAGUUCUUGUGCAAAAAGUAUUUGGUCAAAGCUGUAGGGAGGCUUUGGCAUUUUGAGAUACCGGCAGUCGCUAACAGGAGUGGUGAUACCCCUAGUUCUAGCUUUUGUUGA